CCCAGACUUCCAACCGCACGAGGGGCUACGCUACCAACAUGAAGAUAGACCAGUAACACUCUCGUCCCCAUUCUCUUCACGACAGAUAGCCGGGGCAGCUUGAGAACUUCCACCGACACGUUUUCUGCGAAAGCAACAUGCGGAGGAGUCGUCACACGGCUUCCACGCCCUCGACGGUCUACUACUCCUUCUUCUGCACUGCUCGCAACCGAGAAUACUACUAUUUGCCGGAUACGGACGAAACGGUGUGGGCAAUCCCGGCGGAUCGCUCGUGUUCCUCGGUGACGCAGCCCGGGUACGACGAGCACCGGAAGAAUGCGUGGGUGCAAACGUCAAGCGCCUCACAGAGUGUCUCGCUUUUGCCACCGCACGGUCAGACUCGUGCGCGGGUUUGCUGGAAGUUGAUGUUCCUCGUGUGCGUCACGGCCACCGUGGUCGCAAUCGUGUUAGGCACUGCGUCUCUAACGUGGUUGGAAACGCCACUUUCGUCCUUGCGGGACCCUUUUGAAUGGCUCGGUUACCCGCGAGAACAAACAUUCAAGACGAUAACUGUGUUGACGGAAACAAAGCAAACAACUGUGCCGCAAAAUGUCAAUGUGGUAGGCGAAUCGAUUGAGUGCUGUACGUGGAUGGAUAUUUCCGACGACGACGCAACUACGAACAAGGCAGGCAGUCUUUUUGCGGAUCAACCGGUAGCCCUUGAUACCAAGGAGGAGGAUGUAUCUCGUUGGUCAAAGAUUUGGUCGAACGUACGUAGAAUGAAGUCAAGUGGUAACCGGAUUGCAAAAGCAGUUCCUGUCCAGAAUCUUGCGAACACUUUCCCUUCGUUCUUGGAAGUGAAAGAAUGUGACGGCCUUGAAUCAGCGGUCUUUGACCACAGAGAGGUUCCAAAAGCUGCAAAGACGAAAGAUGUUCGCCUUGACAAUCAAGACGCAGACGCGGUCCAGCUUGAGAUAUUUCGUACUUGUAAGCUACCAUUCGCCUACGUCUUCCGGAAAAGAUGUCGGCGUCAGCCUGUAUUUCCGUUUGCCGAGGAUUUCAUUUCAAGAAUGCAAUAGGAGUGCAUGGGUUUCGGUGUAUUCAAAAGAUAAAUAUACUUGACUUGCC